AUGUUUAGUCUGCAAAUCCCGGAAAGGAAUCCUCAAGAAAACGACAAUGGUUCUCCGAAAUCUAUCUCCCUCCCAUUGCCCGCACCACCGCCGCCUCCGCCUCCACCACCGCCACCACCGUUGGAAGCCCCUCGACCCCCGUCCCUGUUCAAUAAGGCUCUUGAAGCAAACAAACAUUUGAACGCGGCGGCCUUCCGAUUGUAUACCAGCUUCAUGAACGAACUCUCCGACUUUGUCAUCCAGCAAGGAGAAGUAGUCGCAAUGCGCCUUGCUGUUCAAGAAAGACGGAAGCAGCUGCAUACACUGAGGGAACACGUCUCCAGAUGUGAUAUGCUACUCAUCAAUUGUAUGCGCGAGCAAAUGAAUGGCAGUCUUUCUGUAAACGAACGCGUUAUGCUCAAGUACUUUGAAGCAUCGCAGGCGGCAAGAGACGAGAUUGGCCCGGUUGAAUCGGAAUACGAACCUCUUGAGAUAAUGCUCGGGUCGAAGGAACAUCAGCUGGUAGAUAUGUAUUCCAAGAUGGAAGAAACCUUCGAGCAUUUUUUCAGACUCAACAUAACCCCGACCAGUGAGUCGAAAGAGCCGAUUAAAAUCGAAUAUGAGGCUUCAUCGGCCAGCUCUGUCCUCGAGGAAAAUGUCACUCCUGGAGGUAUCGAGCAUCUUCACGGAGCUCUCAUUGGAGAAAACGUUGGUAUUGGCCAGCAUCCGAGCCACGUCAGGGAGUUCAGACCAAGAGUUCAGGAACGCUGGGUGCGUGGAGAGUCUCAUAGAAGAAGCGCAUCGUUGGGAUCAAUUGAUUUGCCCAAACCUAGCAACACUACUCUCGCAGAUGAGGGCGCUUCUUUCGGCGAUAUGACCGGUACGCUUGGAUCUAUCGGAGUGUGGAUAACAGAUAAGAUCGAUUUGACUGGAACUGGUGCAACACCCCAGAACCAGUAUAAGCAUGAGAAAGCGGCCUUUGGUAGUAACUAUAUCGAAAUCUCUGGUGCGCUACCGGACUUGACGAACGACUUCCCGGUCAACCCAGGUCUCGACGAAGGAAAUCCUCUACUCUUACUCGACGAGAGCAACGAGACAAGAGCUAUCCUCAGCGAUUAUCUCGUCAAUUUUGAGAGCACACCCGACCGGGUGAAUCGCUGGAUGUUACAUCACCUCCGCGUCUCGCCUCGCGAGAUUUACACGCUUCACAGGCAUAUCACCAAGCUCACAUCAGAGCCAACACUCUGGGCGACGUCAGUGCUCAAGCAAUGGCCACACGAUAUCUUUCGACACAGCGAUCCUUUUGACAAAGGCUCGGCCGAGAUUGAGGAGAGCGUGUUGAACCCUCAGAUCCUCGGCUACCACGGGGCAUGUGAUCCCGAAUGCCGUGAUACUCACCCCUGGCCGGAUGAGGAUGCAUGGCUAGAACCGAGGUCGUCCAAUUUCUCCACUGUGGAAACUGCCCCAAUUCGACCAGCACAGCUCGAACCAGAACACAAUUUGCCAACAGUGCACGAGUUUCCAUCGGAGCACAACGAUGACGACUAA